AUGGCGGAACCGCCGAGCCCAGUGCACGGCGCUGCCGCCGCCGCCGCCGCCGCCGUCUCGGAGAAAGAACCGUUUGGCAAAUUGCAGCCCGCCUUCCGGGGCCCACCGGGUCCUCUGUCGGCCAAGAAGGUCCGGACUGAGGAGAAGAAGGCGCCGCGGAGACUGAACGGAGAGGGGGGCAACGGCGGGAACAGCAGGCAGCUGCAGCCGCUGGCGGCACCUUCGCCUCAGAGCUAUGGCAGCCCCGCGUCUUGGAGCUUUCCCGGUCUGUCUGCUGCCGCGUCCCCCUCCUCUGCUCGGAGCAGUUUCUCUUUUUCCGCUGGCUCCGCGGUCCCUUCCUCAGCCUCCGCUUCCUCGUCUCAGCCGGUGCCGCGCAAACUGCUGGUCCCUCCUCCGCUGCUGCGCGCUCAGCCUCACCAUCUCUUGCUGCCCGCCGCCGCCUCCUCGGCCAACGCCAAGCCGCGCCGACCUAAGGAGAAGCGAGAGAAGGAAAGGAGGAGGCACGGCCUCGGCGGGGCAGGCGAGGCCGGCGGGGCCGCCCGGGAGGAAAACGGGGAGCUGAAGCCGCUGCCGCGAGAUAAAAUCAAAGACAAAAUUAAAGAGAGAGAUAAGGAAAAAGAGAGAGAGAAGAAAAAGCAUAAAGUAAUGAAUGAGAUCAAGAAAGAAAAUGGAGAAGUAAAGAUUUUGCUGAAAAGUGGGAAGGAGAAACCAAAAGCAAAUGCUGAAGACUUACAAAUUAAAAAAGUAAAGAAGAAAAAGAAAAAGAAACACAAAGAGAAUGAAAAACGGAAGCGUCCAAAAAUGUAUAGCAAAUCUAUUCAAACCAUCUGCUCAGGAUUGCUAUCUGACGUUGAAGAUCAAGAAGCCAAAGGCAUGCUACAUGAUAACGUAAAGGAUUACAGUGGAAAGAGUUUGGAUAACAAGAACUAUGAUUCCAAAAUUCCUGAGAAUAGUGAGUUUCCAUUUGUCUCAUUAAAGGAGCCACGGGUUCAGAAUAACCUCAAAAGGUUGGACACUUUGGAGUUCAAACAGCUCAUUCAUAUUGAGCACCAGCCUAAUGGAGGUGCAUCCGUUAUCCAUGCCUAUAGUAAUGAACUCUCCCACCUUUCUCCUGUGGAGAUGGAGAGGUUUGCCGAAGAGUUUGUGGAUCUGGUGUUCAGUGAAAAUGAAAACUCUGCAGCUUUCUAUGUAAUGGGUAUUGUUCAUGGGGCAGCUACUUAUUUACCUGACUUUUUAGACUACUUUUCAUUUAAUUUUCCCAAUUCGCCAGUGAAAAUGGAGAUAUUAGGAAAGAAGGAUAUAGAAACGACAACUAUGUCCAAUUUUCAUGCUCAGGUAAAAAGAACAUAUUCUCACGGUACUUACAGAGCUGGCCCAAUGCGACAGAUCAGCUUGGUGGGAGCAGUUGAUGAAGAGGUGGGAGAUUACUUCCCUGAAUUCCUUGACAUGUUGGAAGAUUCACCGUUUUUAAAAUGUACGCUGCCAUGGGGGACCCUGUCUAGUCUGAAAUUGGAGAGUCGAAAAGACAGUGAUGAUGGUCCCAUCAUGUGGGUACGCCCAGGAGAACAAAUGAUCCCUGUGGCUGAUAUGCCAAAGUCACCUUUCAAAAGGAAAAGAACUACCAAUGAGAUAAAAAACCUGCAGUACCUACCUCGAACCAGUGAGCCCCGUGAGAUGCUCUUUGAAGACAGAACAAGAGCCCAUGCAGAUCAUAUAGGACAAGGUUUUGAACGACAGACUACGGCUGCUGUCGGAGUGUUGAAAGCUGUGCACUGUGGAGAGUGGCCUGCUCAACCCCGAAUAACCAAAGAUGUAAUUUGUUUUCAUGCUGAAGAUUUCUUAGAAGUAGUUCAACGAAUGCAGUUAGAUUUACAUGAACCUCCACUGUCCCAGUGUGUCCAGUGGGUUGAUGAUGCAAAACUUAAUCAACUGAGGAGGGAAGGCAUCCGCUAUGCCAGGAUUCAGCUGUAUGAUAAUGACAUUUAUUUUAUUCCAAGGAAUGUUGUUCAUCAGUUCAAGACAGUUUCAGCAGUAUGCAGUUUAGCAUGGCAUGUUCGGCUCAAGUUGUAUCACUCAGAGGAGGAGACUGCUCAGAAUACAGCUACUCACGAAACAGGCACAUCACCAGAUUCCACAACAUCAGUUCUUGGACCUCACACUGACCAUGUGAUUUGUGCUGUAAGCAAAACCUCCUUGGAUUCUAAUUUUUCAGACAAACUUCAUUCUAAAUCUGAAUUACAGCUGAUUAAACAUGAACCUAUUGCAGCUGUAAGAAUCAAGGAAGAACCUGUGAAUGUUUAUAUUCCUGAAAAGACUAGAGCACCGAAUAAUACGGAUGGCAAGAAUGUUAAAGCAAAAUUGGAUCAUGUUCAAUUUACAGAAUUUAAGAUUGACAUGGACUCUAAAUUUGAAAAUAGCAACAAAGAUUUAAAGGAAGAAUUGUGCCCUGGAAGUCUCAUAAGUCUAGUUGAUACAAGGCAACAUAGUUCAGCACCUUCAAAUCAAGAUAGAAAAGAUGAUGACAUUUUGUGCUAAAUUUGUACAUACCAUUUAAAAUUCUUUUUUUUUUUUAAAGUUAAUAAUGUAAUAAAGAUUCAUGAAUUCUGAAAGCAAGCCAAGGACUUGCUCCCAAGUCUGUUACAAAAUAGAGUUUAUGUAGCUUUGUAACAUUCCUCAGUGCCUGUCCAUAACUGUGAAGGAUCAAAGCACUUAGGGCCAGAUGCACUGUAAAUAUUACAGGUUUAAACAAAAGGAGUCUUUAAAGAAUCAUUUGAUUUGGAAUUGUAGGUUUUAGAAUAGAGCUGACAUUAACAUAUAUAUAUAUAUUUUUUGUAAUAUGAGCCAGAAUUCUUUUUUGACAAUUUAAGGCUUUUCCAUAGAGCUUAUUUAUACCAAUUUUUUUUUCAUUUUAAUGUGUCAGCACUGUAGUGUAAAUAGCUUUUAAAAAAUCUUUUUAGUGUGAUUUAUACUGAAAUGGGAGCCACUUAAUAAAGGUUCAUAAUAAUAAAAUGUUUUCUGUUGGGUCUGCAAAAAGACAAACUGACAAUUCAGUUAAGUCAUUUAUUUGGUCUAUUACGUUUCUGCUGGUGUAUCCAUUUAGAGUGGUAAUGGAGUGCAAAUGUAAGUAUUCGAAUCUAGUGAAUAUUUAAAUUCCCCACACUGUGUAAGCAUUUUUGAAAACAAGAUUCAGUUAUGAAAGCAUAUUUAUAUAAUGCGUGUAUGUAUGGGAAUAUAUAUAGAUAUGUAUAUCAUAUUUUGCAUAACUUCUUAAAUUGCUGAAUAAGAUGAAUAUGUGAAACUUCCUAGCCUCACUCCCUGGAAUACAUUUUAAAAUAUUUAUAUUCAACAUUCAGAAAGCAGUUUAGGUAAUAGAAGCAGUUUUAUAAAGUUGGGAGAAACAAGGUCUGUGAGUGGUAUUGAACUCUUCUAACUCAUGAAGUUACGUGGCCAGAUUACAUAGCCCUAACGUAAAUCUUCUCUAUAUAUAUAGAGUGUCUGGAAUGAGAAAAAGUUGAGAAAAUGUUCUUACUAAUAAGCACCUGUACUAUAUUUAAUAGUAGCUGAGUAAAAAUCUUUAGUUACAGAAUGUUUAGUUGUGAGCAGUUAAAAUCCUCUUUUACAUUUUUCUCGCAGAACAGGAGGAAAGUCUGACAAAUACAAAACCUUAAGGGCCAUGACUCAACUGCCAUAUACAGAGAUAUAACUAACAAAAUAAGAUGCGUUACCUCAUUUUUCUAAGGAUCCUUCUCCCUACCUUUUUCCCAAAAAAGCCCUGGAAAGUAAAAUUCGGGUAGGAUUGCCAGUGCUAAAGAUUGCCUAGCUAAAGAUUAAAAUAGAUCUCUUCAGUGAUGGGCUUCAGCACUAUUUGAGACUGCUUCCACUACUGCAAUUAAAAGUCAAACAAAUGUCUUUAAUGUAUGCUUUGGUGUAAGGAACACUGCUCAUUGCACAUUUAUUUUAUUUAUCUUUGGUAUUUUUCUGGGCUCAUACUUUGGUUGAUGACUUUUAACUGAGAUUCUUUGUGCUGUCUUUUGUUUAGUGUUGCUGUUGAAAUUGUUUCUGCUCCAGCCUCAUUUGUGGUACCCAUAAAACUGCUUAUCUUUAUGGUUAGGGAGAAGCCACUGAAAUCAGUUGCAGCAGUGACAUCAUUUCUGGCCCGCAGUUUAAAAGGGUUAGGCAAAUACUGUAGGAAAUCUCAGUGGUUUAUAGGAAAUCAAUAUAUUUGCAAUAUAGGAAUUUUCAUGGGUUAAGGAAGGUAUAAAUCAUGAUAAUGUAAAUAGGGAUUUUGUUUUAUAUGUUACCGUCUUAGCCUACUCCUCACCACUUUAAUCUUCUCUUUUAAGCUAAAUUUAUCAUUUGCAUCUACUUUUUGGGGAUAUAAAAGUUCAUAGCAAACCAGUAUUGAGAAAUAGGAGAGCAUGUGGUUAAAAUGUUUUCUUUUUUAAUUGAAGUGGUUAAAAUGUUUUCUUUUUUAAUUGUAGGGUGAUAUAUUUAACAAUAUUUUAGUUUUCCAGUAGUAUACACGUAGAUACAUGAGAUCAUACAGUAAUAAAAUGUCUUUAGGGUAUCCCUCCAAAAUAUCUUGAGCCUUAAACUUUUAACUAAAAGACAUAUCUAAAACAACCACAGUGGUUGCUUUUAGGUAGAGUUUCUUAUAUAACCAAUACUCAAACUUCUCCAUAUUUUGAAAAUUUAUAACGUUUUGUAAAAUACAUAUAUGUAUGCAUUUUACAAUAUAAAUAUAUGAAACAUAAAUCAGUGGGCUCAAGAUUUCAAGAUACAGCUUUGUCACCUUGAAUAAUGUUACAUCCCUUGUCUUACGGGUUAUAAUUUUUAAAAUCCUCUUUGGAUGCAAUCUAAGAACUUGCUGAUUAUCUUUGUUAAACACACAUAAUUUCUAUUUCAAUAUUGCUUUAUAUUAAUGGUUUCCUAGUUACUACAUUCCAGUUCUUUACCUGAACACACUUUUUUUGUUGAUUUUUCCAAUUUCUUGGACCAGAACGAUAAAGCACUUAAGAUGUAGUUUCUAUAUGAUCUUAUGCUAUAUAAACAGUUAUUAUGUAAAUUAUUAAAUCGAUACACAGACCUUUAAAAAAAACUAAGGUACCUCAGUGGUGUCUGCUACAGUGCUUUUUUUUUUUUUUAAAUUACUUUGGUUCAUACCUAUUAGCUAUUGAAGAAGUAGAAUCUUUUCCAUUCUCAGGUUAGCUGGUUAGCUAGCAAAAGAAUUAAGCAUUUGUGAUAUUUAGUUGAAAACUUGACUAAAGCCAUAUUCAUUAUUCAUUAUCUCCCUUGUCCCUAAGGCUGCUGACCUUAAAUAAAGAUUAGGUUGAUCAGGCACAACACUCAUGGUGUGUGUGUGUGUGUAAGAUUAUUGGAAAUACUGUUUAUUCCCACAUAUAUUCAUUUUCAAUCAUGUGUGUGUGUGUGUAAGAUUAUUGGAAAUACUAUGUUUAUUCCCACAUAUAUUCAUUUUCAAUCUAUUCUAUAACUUUAGGGAGGGAAGGGCCAGAGAGGGUAGGACGAAUUUUAUUUCUUGUGUUAUGUCCUCAAGGUAUUUCAUUAGUGUUCCUGAGUGUGAAACGGUUUUUUUCCCCAAAUACAUAAUGGCAGGUGAGAUCAUUUUUGUAAAUAAUAGAUUAGCACUGUUUUGGUAAAUUUGCAUUCAGUUAUUUUGUUGGACAAGUUUAUUGUCAUGUAAAGCAAAUAUCUAAAAAUUCAUUUUACAUUUAGCAGAGAUGCAAGAUUUGUUUUUAGAGUGAGAGGAAUUUUCCUUGUCUUCCACCUUUCAAUAAAUACUAAAAUUGAUAACUGUAAUCUUUUUACCUUUGUUUUGUAUUAUUUUCUUAUAUUUGACAUUUUAUUUUCGUCUCGUCAUCUUCAAGAGUUCUUGUUUCUUUGUCUUCAAAUGAAACCAUAAGAUCUUGAAAGUGAUUCCAAUCUGAAAGUCUUUUUUUUCUCUUAAAAAUUAUCAAAAGUUGAUUCAUGCCAACCUAGAAUAUUGAGGAUUACUUUAAGCAAGGCUGUUAAACUAGUUCAGUGUGGGUGCUGGGAUGGCAUGCUAAAUCACUUCCCUUCUCUCUAGACAGGACUAUUUCUGUCCCAGGAGGGGAGGACAAAAGUGCAUUGUUUUCAAGAUACUUUUAAGCUGGUAAAAAGUGACAUGAUGGGUUUUAGGUCUUCAGAGUGAUAGAAGAGCUCUUGAUUAUUAAUAUUCCACCUGAUGUAACUACUUUGAUAUGUAAACAGAAUUUUACUGGUUUUAGAAUGCCUUUUCUAUUUCAUGAAAGAGUUAUGUUUGACAUGUUUGGCACUGACAGUGUACCUCAGAUAAAAUAAUUAAAAGGACAACUCAGAAGAAGUAUAAAUCUCUAUCUCUGCUCUGGCUUUUUUUUUUAACAUACUGCAUAUUGCAGAUGGAAACCAUCACUUUUUAGAAUGUCAAGCACAAGAGGCUAAAAGCAGAGAUGGCUUUUCUUCUUUACGUUUACAGAUGUUCUAGGUCAUAUCUCUACUGGGAGAUAGGGAAAAAGGAGGGGAUAACAUCUUGCAUUUCAGGUUAUCUUCCCUUCUAGGAUUUUAGGCCCAAUCAGGGAGUGUGAAUGAGCUGAGAAUAAAAUGUAGGCAAAUAGAAUUUAUGUUAACUAGAAAUUAAAAGUAAAAUUAAAACAUACUACUUAUAUGUUUUAUUACUAUUAUUUGCCUUCCAAGAACUGCACUAUUAAAAUAUUAGCACUCUGGAUCCUUCUACACAUUUUGAAAUUCAGAAUUUAUGCAUCUAUAUUUUUAAAAUGUUAAGUCUGUAUGCUUUUCUGUAAAGUUCAUUGCCUUGGUACUACUGAAGACUACAAAGUAUGCAGAUUCAGAGACAAGUCAGUAUAGUUGCAAAUAUUUUGCAUAAUAUGGUGUUUAAAAUUUUAUUUGGACAGGCAGUUCUACAUCCUCCCUCUACCCAAGUUUCUUCUUUCUUUGAAAUUUUGUUUUUGUUUUUAACUGAGCCAGACGUUUAUGUGAAAAAUCUCGAGUCUUCUAUCUUCUUUAAAAAAACAAAAACAGAAACUUUAGUCUGGCUUUUGUUUAUGCUGUUGUUCCAUACCUCUUCCUGAGUUCUUAGAAAACUCUGUCUGCCUUCACUUCCUCAUUUCACUAUAAUUUUGUCUUAAUCCUCAAAUUUAAUCACCCGGCUGAAGUGGUUCUCUCAAAGGUCACCUUUUGACUGCCAAAUUCAUUGGCUUCAUUUCAUACUUCUGUUUAUUUGACAGAGUGUCACAGCGAGAGAGGGAACACAAGCUGGGGGAGUGGGAGAGGGAGAAGCAGGCUUCCCGCUGAGCAGGGAGCCCAAUGCGGGGCUUGAUCCCAGGACCCUGGGAUUAUGACUUGAGCCGAAGGCAGACACUUAAUGACUGAGCCACCCAGGCACCCCUUAAUACUUCUGUUUAAUCCUUGUGGCACUUGUUAGCAAUCUUUUACUCCCUAAAACUCUAUGUAUGACCUAUCUGUUCUGUUUUGCUUUUCCAUUUCUUUGGAUGUCUUCUUUUGCCUUAGCCACCACUAUUUAAAGCAAUCUCAGGUUCUUUAGGUCUCUACACUUUGUCCCCGAAUUAUCUUCGUGACCUCAUGACUUCAGUUAGCCUUGAUUUCUCACUUCAGCUCUAAGGAUCUGUGUAAUCAGAAUUAAAUCCUUCUCUUCUCCCUUGCCCCCAAGCAUUAGCUCUUCCUUUCCCUCCUAAUUUGGGUAUCGGCAUCACUAUGUCUCUACCUAGUCAUUGCAGUUACCUGAUUUCUCUUUUCUUCUAACUAUAUACAAUGUGUCAUGAGAUUUUCUUGAGUUGACCCUGGAAAUGUUCAUAAUUUGUCUACUUUCUUGUUAUAGUAGAUGUUCAUCUUACCUGGACUCUUAAAAUAGCCUAAAAUGUUCCAGGCUGCCUGCAGUCCUCUGCCUCUACCCCCAUUCCAAUCCAUUCUUUGUUACUACCAGAUUAAUCUAAGAUAGAUAUGAUUGUUACUCUUUUGCUUAGAAAUAUUCCGUGGCUCCUUUCCUAAAGUCUAGAAGCCAAAUCUCAGUAUCACACCAAAAAGCCUUCAUGAUAUGGCCCUUCCUUUCCAGCUUCAUCCACCAGUCUUCCAUUAAUGUGCCCAAUUUUCAGCUUUACCAGGAGCCAGGACUUGCCAUUUCCUUUGUGUACUUUUAAAAUUCUUUGCUUUUGCUGGGGAAAUCUCUGCUUGGAAUAUAAUACCAUGAAAUCUUUUUUCAAAACUCUAGUUAAACAUCUUCUCUUCUGUGUCUUUUACUGAGUUCAUCUGUUCCAACUGUCCCCUCACCCCAAAGCUGGUGUAGAACCAUUUCUUCGCUCUGCUUCUUGUGUCCCUUUGUUCAUAUCAUUUAAUGUACACAUUAGUUAAGUACACGUUGGGCUUUACCUAAACCAUGAACUAGAAGUUACAAGUUUUUUCUUUUUUAAUCCCUUUGUAUCCUUGA